AUGAGGCAGCUUUUCACCAAGUCACAGAUGGCUCAAUUGGUGUGUCUCAAUGCUCCUGGUUACCAUAUUCUUGAUUUUGAUCCCUUGGUCAAUUUACAAGAGUUACACAUGACCACCGACGAGGAUAUCACAUCAACAUUCCCUUUCCCUUCGUCGGUGGUCUAUUUGAAAGUGCAUACGUAUCGUCAAGUGGUGGGUAUCUUUCCACACGUUAAGGUGCUUAAGAUUACCGGAGAAAGCUCUCGAGUCAAAAUCCGUUCGUCCACUCUACGAGAAUUGGAGGCAAGUGCUAAGGGUGUCGUUGUGGAUUGCCCUCAACUCACGCGGCUCACGUUAUCAGGAGUGUGGAGAAACUUGUAUCUCAACACGCCCAACGUCGUGUUCUUAGAAUUGAACGGCUUCAGAUACAAUUACAAAAAGCUAUUGCUUGAGGAAAAGUUUCCCCUCCUUGCUCAUUUGAGUUUAAAUGACUACAGAGCCCAGGACGAGUUAUAUAUACCUCAACCUCUCAAGUCAGCUAAGUUGAGUCUUUUGGAGUUGAAAUCGCGCACUUUGACCGCCGACGACGUAUCGAUUUGGUGCUGUAAACCAUCAACGCCAAAAGCAUCACGACCUAUCAAUCCAAUACAGCAUCCGUGCUGCAAUUCAAUUGUCAUGAUUUGA